AUGGGAGUGUUGACAUCUGCAUCAAACUACCUUGCACUACUCGAAGAGGAACAGGUUGAACUCCAAUCAUAUGCUCUAGAGAAGCUCAACACAGUGGUCGAUGAGUUUUGGCCAGAGGUUGCCACAUCAAUAACCAAGAUUAAGAAUCUUUCAGACCAAAAGACAUUCACUCAACAUGAGCUUGCAUCAUUGGUCCUUUCCAAGGUGUACUAUCAUUUGGGUGAUUUCAAGAACUCAAUGUCCUAUGCCCUUGCAUCUGGACAGCUGUUUAAUGUUCUUGCCAAGAGCGAAUACGUUGAAAGCAUCUUGUACAAAUUCAUCGACGAGUAUAUCAAGCUUAGAAAUCAGUCUGCUGCCACCAUUGAUCCAAGACUAGAGGCAAUUGUCAUGGGAAUGUUUGAGAGAUGUUUUAAGGAGGGAUCAUACAAACAAGCAUUGGGCAUUGCCAUCGAGUCCAAGAGAUUGGACAUCAUUGAGAGAUCAAUUGCUCAAUCUGGCAACGUACAAUCGAUGCUCAGCUAUUGUCUCAAUAUAUGUAAUACCAUCGUCUCCAACAAGACCUUCCGUCAGGCUGUGUUGGCCAUCCUCGUCAAGUUGUACCUGACUCUUGAGAGACCAGACUACUCGAGCAUUUCCCAAUGUCUCAUCUUCUUGGGUGAUGCCCCACAGAUUGCCACCAUACUCUUGACACUCUUAAAGAAGGAUGAUGAUUCAUUGUUGCUCUCCUAUCAAAUCGCAUUUGAUUUACUCCAGAACGCAUCUCAGCAUUUGCUUGGCAAUGUUAGGAAGCUCCUACCUCAGAGUGAAGGUGCUGCAGCCGCUGCACCAGCAGAGAAGGGAACAAUUGCCACAGGUGAUAAGAUGGAGAUCGAUUCUAGAUCCUCGGCAGACAACUUCCAACUGAGACUCACUCGUCUUAGAGCAAUCCUCACUGGUGAGGUGUCUACAGCACUCAACAUGGAGUUUCUCUAUAGAAACUGCAACAUCGACAUGCACGUUCUUCAGAUUAUGAAGUCAACUUCAGAACAGCACAAGGGUGCGAUCUUCUACACUGGAACACUGUUUGCCAACUCAAUCAUGCAUGCAGGCACCACCAGGGAUGUGUUCCUUCGUGAGAACCUCGAUUGGUUGUCCAAGGCAACCCAUUGGACCAAGUUCUCAGCCAUUGCUAGUUUGGGUGUUAUCAACCGUGGCCAGACCAAGGAGUCGAGAGAGCUUUUAAAGUUGUACCUGCCAGGCGCAACUGUCUCUGCCACACCAUACAGCGAGUCUGGUGCACUCUAUGCACUGGGUCUGAUCCACGCAGGUCAAGGUGAGGAUGUCGUCCGAUAUCUGGCCGAGAAGGUUCACUCCACCAAUCCAAUCCUUAAUCAUGGUGCAUCACUUGGACUUGGUUUGGCCGCAAUGGCCACUGGCAACGAUGAUAUAUAUGAGGAUUUGAAGGGUAUCCUCUACCACGACGAUGCAAUCAGUGGAGAAGGUGCUGGAUUAGCUAUGGGACUUGUUAUGUUGGGUACUGGCUCACAAAAGGCGAUCGAUGAAAUGUUGGCCUACGCUCAUGAGACACAACACGAGAAGAUCAUCAGAUCUUUGGCACUCGGUCUUGCCUUCACCAUGUAUGGUAAGGAGGAGGUUGCCGAUACUCUGAUUGAACAAUUGAUCACCGACAAGGAUCCACUAUUGAGAUAUGGUGGUAUGUACACAAUUGCCAUGGCCUAUUGUGGAACUGGUAAUAAUGAUGCUCUCAGAAGGUUGCUACACUAUGCUGUCAGUGAUGGAAAUGAUGCCGUGAGAAGAGCCUCAGUGACGUGCAUAGGUUUUGUCUUGGCUAAGCAACCAGAGAAGUGUCCAAAGUCCGUACUACUGUUGUCCGAAUCAUAUAAUCCCCACGUCCGAUAUGGAGCAGCCAUGGCCCUUGGUAUCUCAUGUGCUGGCACUGGAAACCGUGAUGCAUUGGAUAUCCUAAAGAAGCUGUCCGCCGACACUGUUGGACUGGUGCGUCAGAGUGCCUCAAUUGCCAUCGCCAUGGUGCUAAUCCAAUCGACAAAGGAGCAAUAUGCCGACACUGAGGUCUACAGGAAGCAGUUUGUUCGCUUUAUCACAGACAGACGUGAGGAGAUCAUGUCCAAGUUUGGUGCCUUCCUUGCCCAUGCCAUCAUUGAUGCCGGUGGCAGAAACACGACCAUUUCACUCUUCUCCCCAAGCGGCCACAAGAACAUGCAGGCGAUUGUUGGACUUGCUGGAUUCCUGCAGUUCUGGUACUGGUAUCCAAUGACCCACUUUAUCGGUUUGGCCUUGACACCCACCUCUGUAAUUGGAGUCAACAAGAACCUUGAAAUGCCAGUGUUCAGUGUCAAAUCCAACUGCAAGCCAUCCUUGUUUGCCUACCCACCAGACACCAAGCCAUCCACAGCCAACGCACCAUCAAAGGUAGAGACAGCAGUCCUCUCCAUCUCUAGAAAGGGAAAGUUGCAGCACAGUCGCUCCGCAAUGAACAUCGACUCUGAGAUUGAAAAGGAGAAGAAGGAGAAGGAAGACAAGGAGAAGGAGCAGAAAGAGAAGGAGCAGAAGGAGAAGGAAGAGAAGGAGGAAGAGCCAACGUUUGAGCGCAAGAACAACCCAGCCAGAAUCACACCAAAGCAAUUGCAGACAACACACCUUCUGAGCCUGAGCAAUUGGUUGUUAAAGGAGAAGCCUGCCGUCAAAUCACCAGUGACCAACUCUAAAGGCAACAAGGCUGCUCUGGAGGAGCCAAAGGCACCACAACCAUUUGAGUUCACAGAUUGA